AUGAUACUUCGAGAUCUAUUAAUCAUAUUUCCUAUAUUGCUACAAGCUCAUGCUCAAGAAGCCCGAGAAAUCCCGAUCAACAGUGACGAGCCCCGAAAAAUGCCGGCAGCCAAAGCUAUGAUGCAAAUGAUAGGGCCGUUGGCGUUCGGGAAGAAGGAUGGGGAUGACAUCAAAUGGGAUGUGCCCAACUUUGGGAAAGUCGGGAUUGGUGAUGGCCAUAUGCAAAUGAUGAAGUUUGUGCCGGAAGGCACCGAAUCGGAAACGGCCAACAGUGGCACCUGGACGCUGGGCGAGAAGCCAGAUUUGGGCUAUAUGGAGCACGACACGACCCUCGGUCGUUCUGCCGGCUCCUCAACCCGUAUGAAUUUGGGUGGAAUUGGAUCCUUCGUCUCUGAAAACAACGCCGAGAAGGGCACCGGGCUACUCGAUUUCUCAAAGGCCUUAUUCCCAUUCCUCGAGCUGCCACCCCCGAAAAAUGAGGAGAAAUCGGGGCUGAGCGACGAGGAGCAGCGGCUGUCCGAUCUGUACUACCCAAAGCCAAAAUCAUAUCUGGAUGGCCAGGAUCCUGAGCCCUCCGUCCCGCUGACCCCAUUCGAGGAAAUUUCGCCCGAGAACAGAAUUCCAAAACUGGCCGACGAUGAGCAAUUCACGAAUCCAUUCGACCAGAUUAAAAGCCGCCCGGGUUAUGCUCGUUUUCGAGCGCUGGCUGCCAAAACAGCGGUGGAUGAUGCGGAUAUGGUGGAGAAGCCGGAUUCGCCGUUUGACAAGGAGGACGGGGUCGAGGGGCAGAAAUUGGCUGAUCAAGAGUCCACCGCCCGCCUCAACACGGUCCAAAUCGAGCAGCGCCUCAAGGCUACGACAGGCCGUGUCCCGCUCUCCUCCCUUGGCGUCUCGGAUAAAGAAGUGUUGGCCCUGUGUGCCAAGUUUGCGCCCGUCGCCGCCAAGCAUUGCUAUGUGCAAAAGGUGGAGCAGCAAUUCUUGGAACGAUGCCGGGGAUAUGCUGCGGAUUGUGCAAAAUAUCAACAGCAGGCGAAGCCAUUGGGUGCGAUCGCUAAUUCCUGGUCCUCUGGCGUCGGUUUAACUUAUUAUAACUGGGGAGUAAAAGGCAUACCGUACUACCCAAUUAAUGAAGAAGGCGCUAUCGGCAAUGGCCAUAAUGGAAAGGUGGAUUUUGGCACGUGGGGUGGUGGAUAUUCGGAUGAGACGGGCGUUCGGGAUUUCUGGAGUGGAAAUCAGGAGUAUGGGGCAAAUUGGUAUGAAGGUGUGUACGGGUGGAAGCAGGGCUGGAGCGUGCCGAUCCUCAACUCUAUGGGAAUUGAGGGCGCCAGUGGGACCUUGGUGAGCGUGCCGCUGAAAGAGGGCUCGUUGGGGCAGCCGAUUCAAGUGACAAAUUCGUAUUCUGUUGGGCCGUAUGUUGGCCUUGCUGAUAAGGUUGGAAUCGAUUGGUAUAAUGGCGGAGUGUCGGCACAGAGGGGUGUUUCGGUGCCAUUUGUGGGCGUGGGGGUGUCCACAGGUGUCGGCGUAGGGUUCCCGUCGAUUGGAUCGAUGAUGGGAAAGAUGGGGCUCAAUGGAGUGCAGAAUAAUCCUACUAUCGCCUCCACCUCCUCGGGCUUCGACUCAACAAUCGGCUUAAGCGGAAGCCAAUCGAGCUCUUUAUCGGCUACCUCAAAUGGAGAUCCACUCCUCUCAAAGAUCUACAAUUUGGCCCAAUACGCGAGGGCCGCCGAGAAGCGGAAGAAUAAC